AUGGAUGCGCUUGAAAAUAUCAAAUGGAAACUUGCGAAUUCAAAAUCAUGUCCUAAUUGUUCUAUACUUAUUAAUCGGGAUGAUGGAUGUAAUAAAGUAGAUUGUUUACAUUGUGGAUAUAGAUUUUGUUGGAUUUGUAGAAAUAGGUGGUCAGAAAAUUGUGGUUUUUAUCAAUGUCGAAUGUUAAAAUCUAAGAAAGAAAAGCAUAAUUCAAUGCGUAAUAAUACUGGUAAUGCAUCAGUGUUAUAUUCGAGACCAGCAGUGAAAUAUGUUCAUAAAAGAAUUCGUGAAGGAUUUGAGGAAUAUCGAAAUGAAACUAAUGAGAAAAUGUUAAAAGAACUUUAUGAACGUGUCGAAAAUACAAUAAAAUUCAUGGAAAUUGCAUCUCGACGGGGUGGAUUUGAACAUCGAGUCAUUUAUACUUUAUGUCAGAUGACUUAUAUUGAGGAUAAAUAUUGUAGAAGACCACCAUAUGCAAACAAGAGACUUAAACCAGAAGUUUACCUUUUUUAUAGAAAUGCUUAUGAUGAAUAUUAUAGAACUUUGAAGUUAAUGAAUGAUAGUUUAAGGACCUGUUUAAGAUAA